AUAUGGGGAAUACAUGUUGUGGUAAUCAGCCAAUAGAAUCAGGUAUUGUAAUAUAGAUAAUGAAUAUAUUAGAGAAACUAGAAGAGCGACCAUAAGAGCCAGGAAAGUAAAAUGAUUAAGAAGGUAAUAAUGUUGAGGAGCCACCGAAACAGAUAAUUUGUAAUAAAAUGAAUUAAGAAUAGCUUAUCCUACUUUGUCAGUAUAGCCAUCGUUAUUUAUUCAAAUGAAAAGAGACACAAUCUAUAGUACUUAUUCAAUAGGGAAGUUAUUGGGGGAAGGUAAAAGUUUAAUAAAUAUAUUUAUAAUAGGUGCUUAUGGAUAAGUAUCAAUAGUGACUCAUAGAGUGACUGGAAUGUAAAGAGCUAUGAAAGCAAUAAGGAAGGAUUGUUUAUUUGAAGAAGAAUAAGCUAAGCUAUUUUCUGAGAUGACUAUUUUGAAAAAUCUGAAUCAUCCAAAUAUAGUAAAUCUGUUUGAGUUGUAUGAAGAUGAUAAAUUCUACUAUUUAAUAACAGAGUAAAGAGUUUAGAUAUGUUUUAGAUAUUUAAGAGGAGGAGAGCUAUUUGAUCGAAUUUAGAAAGCUAAGAAUUUCAGUGAAGCUGAUGCAGUCAGAUGUAUGAAAUAAGUAAUAUCUGCUGUUGCUUAUUGUCAUUCAAACAAUAUUGUACAUAGAGAUCUCAAGCCAGAAAAUAUAAUCUUUGCAUCUGAAGAUUAAUAUUCAACUUUGAAAGUGAUUGAUUUUGGUACUUCAAGGAAAUUCGAUAAAAACUAAAACAUGUCAAAACGAUUAGGAACAGUAUUUCUUAAAUUAAUAUUGAUAGCCUUAUUAUAUAGCUCCUGAAGUAUUAUAAAAGAAAUAUAAUGAAAAAUGUGAUGUAUGGUCCUGUGGUGUUAUUUUAUACAUUCUCUUAGCUGGAUAUCCACCAUUUUAUGGUAGAAAUGAGACUGAAAUCUUUGAUAGAAUUUUAAAGGGGAAAAUACCAUUUCAUACUGCAGAAUGGAAUAAAAUAUCUAAAGAAGCUAAAAAACUUAUUACUAAUAUGUUAUGUUAAGAUGUAGAGAAGAGAUAUUCAGCUUAAUAAGUUUUAGAUGAUCCUUGGAUGUAAUAAGGAUAAGAAUAAAAUUUAGUAGAUGAUAAUUUCUUAAAAAAUCUUACUGAAUUCAGUGCCAAAAGUAAACUUAAAUAAGCUUUGCUUACUUUUAUGGCUAGUUAAAUGAUUUAACCAAAAGAAGUAGAAUAAAUUUAAGAACUCUUUAAAUAAUUAGAUAAAAAUAAUGAUGGAAAACUAUCUAAAGAAGAAUUAGUAGCUGCAUUUCAAUAGAAAGUUUAAAGUAAAGAUAGAUUAAUUGAAAAUAUGGAAACUAAAAUCAAUAAGAUUGUAUCUGAAAUUGAUGUUAACUUAUCUGGAUAUAUUGAUUAUACUGAAUUUAUUAUGGCAUGUUUAAAAUAUGAGAAAUUGCUAACCAUUGAAAAAAUCAAGCAAACCUUCAAAAUAUUCGAUAUUGUAUUUUAUAAUUAUUAUACUAGGAUGGUGAUAAUUAUAUUUCAAAAGAGGAAUUAUCAAAUAUCAUGGAAGGUGUAGAUGAUGAUAUCUGGAAAUAAUUCUUGACUGAAUGUGAUUAAGAUAAUGAUGGUAAAAUUUCAGAAGAAGAGUUCAUCAAUCUUCUAUAAGAUAAAUUUUGAUAUUUCAAAAAAAAUAUUAUAAAUCUCUUCAAUAUUCAUAUUCCA